AUGGCACAGCAAUCGCCUUCGCAGCCUCGCGCCUACUCCCAAGCGGCGUACGGACAACCCAACGGCCUCUCACAAGCUAGCGGCCCAGCGCCAGGAGCUCGACCUUUGGAGCCGAACCAAGGUCGCGUGCAGCAGAUCGGUCAUGCUCGCGUGCUCUGUAUAGCUGAUGUCAGGGGCAACCUUAGGCAGCUGAACGAGCUUGCGCGCAACGCGAAUGCCGACUACAUCAUCCACACCGGCGACUUUGGCUUCUACGACGACUCAUCGCUUGACCGGAUAGCAGAGAAGACAUUGAAGCACGUCGCUCAAUACUCGCCUCUCCUUCCAGAACCCACCAAGGCGGAGAUCGCCCGCGCUGGCAACCAAGCACCAAUCAAGGAGCGCUUCCAGCGUGACCGCCUACCCCUCUCCGAGCUUCCGCGAUUCCUUGACAAGAGUUACAAGCUCGAUGUGCCCGUCUUCACUGUAUGGGGUGCGUGCGAAGAUGUGUCAGUAUUGGAGAAGCUGCGCUCCGGCGAGUACAAGAUCGAUAAUUUGCAGGUGAUCGAUGAGGCACAUUCGCGAUUGCUCGAGAUUGGAGGAGUGAAGCUGCGUCUGCUUGGUCUUGGCGGCGCUGUGGUCAUGCACAAGAUGUUCGACAACGGAGAAGGGCGGACAACGAUCGCUGGAGGUCAGGGCACCAUGUGGACAACACUGCUGCAGAUUGGCGAGCUCAUCGACACUGCCAAUCGCGUCUACGAUCCUACUGAGACUCGUCUGCUUGUCACCCAUGCCUCACCAGCAAGAGAAGGUCUGCUUAACCAGCUGUCCGUCAUGCUCAAGGCCGACUUUUCGAUCUCAGCUGGUCUGCACUUCCGAUAUGGCAGCUCAUACAACGAGUUCUCUGUCAACCCAUCGCUCGAUCACUACCGUGGAAAGCUGUCUGCGUCGAAGGCUCAGUUCAACGACGUUUGGGAUACGGUCAAGCACGAGGUGGAGCCUGCUGUUUCAGAGAACGAUGCUCAGAGCAGACUCCUUCAGCUCGCAGUCGAGCUUGUCAGCAAGAUGCCGGCCACUGCUUCCGGCGGCAACCCAUUCGGAGGUGGGCCACCAAACGGCCAGAUAGACGAGUCCGCCUUCAAGAAUAUGUGGAACUUCAAUCUUGCGGACGCUGCGUUUGGCUGGCUCGUCCUCGACAUCGACCAAGGCAGAAUUGGUACAGAGAUGCGCGCUCAAGGCUUCAACUUCUCUCACAGGAGCAGCAAGACCCAACAGCAGCGCCCACAAGCGAUCCCAUCAGCACCGUCGAACGCUACCAUGGCUCCCACUGGCGGUGCUCUGCCAACUGGUCCACAGCAACAGCCACCUCUCGCGCAACAGCAAGUCCGUCCACCUCCUCAGGGCCCAGCUGCUCAGCAGAACGCUAUCGGCCAACAGCCACAGCAGGAUGCUCAGCAACCAUUGGCUCAGAGGCAAUUCGAGCAAGCCACACAGCCGAAGCCUGUGCAACAGCGCCAGCCAACACCAAGCCAACCUGCUCAGAAACAGAACACUCCGGCCGCGCCUGCUAACGCUGCCCUCACCACUAACGGCGUUACGGCUCCCACCGCUACUCUACCACAAACUAAUGGUAUGUCGUCAGAGACGCCAAAGCCGACUGAGACUCCGGUACAGAGACAGAACAACGUCCAACAGGACCCACCAAAAGCCAUCUUCAUCAAUGGCCUGUUCGACCUCUCUUCUGCUGACGAAGUCAAGGCUCAGCUCUUCUCGCCAGAAGAUGCAGCCAAGAUCACGACACUCGACAAGCAAGGCAGUAACGGUCGUUGGGUGGCUCACUUCGCCGACCACGAGACGAUGAGGGAUAUCCUCCGUCGCAGCCCACCAAAGGAUGCACGUGAGAAGUUCAAGGGUGUCCGUCUGGCAGAGUACAGGCCUGGUGGAGGCCGUGGCGGCUUCAAUGAUCGCGGACGAGGUGGAUUCGCUGGCCGCGGAGGACCUGCCCAGCGCGGUGCUACUGGCGGACCUGAGCGUGGCGGCUAUCAAUCUGCUGGCGGCGCGACCACUGGUAGUGACAGUGAGUCCGGGCGCGGCGGACGUGGUGGACGUGGCGGACGCGGUGGCCGCGGUGAUUUCCGGGGUCGUGGUCAGUGGCGCGGCGGCAACGAGCGUGGUGGGACGGGUAAGCCUGAAGGUGCCGCAGCUGGUGAUGUCACCAAGCCGCAGCAGCAGCGCGUCCAGUCUCCGCCUCCACAGACGCCGCAGGGUCCACGUGCCAACAUCGACUGGCGCAAGAACGGAGCUCACGAUCGUCCUAAGCAGAACGGUCAGCAGGUCGCUGUUCCGGCCCUUCCUGCUCUCAACGGCAAGGAGAUGAGCAAGGCAGACAAGGCCGAGCAGAAGAAGGAAGAGAAUCAGGACAAGAAGAUUGGUGAUAAGAUUUCAGCAUAG